GAUAAUAAAUACUAAUUAAUUAAAAUGAAACCAGCAGGUCAACCUCCUCGUUCAAACUAAUAAAGGGCAAACUCUCGAGAAGCCAGACUCAAUUUUGCUCAAUAAGCAGAAAUGAAUCUUCGUGGAGAUUUCAGACUUUAAGCACCUGUAGAGCCAUAAAGACCUAUAUAAAGAAGUAAUAGUUAUAGUCGCAACAAUCCUAAUCGUCCUGCUACUCAAGAAGAAAUACGAUCUGCUUUAACUUUAUUAAAAGCUAAAAGAGAUAGAGAUAGGAAAUAUAUUCAAUCCACAUAGGAUACUCCUGAUAAUGAUUUUUAUAAAGCACCUAAUUUAAUGAAAGCAUAAAGUUAUUAGCCUCAAACUAUAUCAUAUGAAGACAUUGUAGCUAAGGAGGAUAAAAAGCCUAUUGAAAUUAAUGAAUACGAAGAUGAUGAUGAAGAUUUAGUUGAAUGUCCUGAAGGUUGUGGAAGAAAGUUCAAGAGGUCUGCUUUAUAAAAACAUAUUAAGAUAUGUAAGAAAGUAUUUCAAGAGAAGAGAAAAGCAUUUGAUACGAAAGAACAUCGGAUAAUCAAUUAAGAUCAUGCUAAAUUGUUAUAAAAAUAAGAAAUAGAAGAAUAGAUUUGUAAUAUUUUGCAUAUAUUGAAGAAUAAUAACAAUAAUAGAAAAAAAAAUAAACUUAAACUAAAAUUGAUGAUAGACCAAUACAAGGUUAAAAAAAGCCUAAGUGGAAAUUGUAAUCUGAAUAAUUCAGAGCUGCAAUGAAAUUAAAUAAAGGAGCCACUCUUACCCAAUAGGAAUAAGUACAUGAAUAAUUUAGUAUAGAUUGCCAUUGAAGAAGUAGAUGACAGAGUUUAGUGUGAACAUUGCGGCAGAAAAUUUAAUGAGUAAACAGCUUUAAAACAUAUACCUUCUUGUAAAGAAAAGGCCAUGAUUAAUUAAAUGAAAAAGAAAUCACAACAAAUGCUACCACCCUAAUAAAAUACUAUUAGAUCUCAGUUUAAUGCAACUAACAAUUUCCCUAAAUAAUAACAAUAACCUUAAUAAUAAAUCAAUAAUAAUAGAAAUAAUGUAAAUCUAAAUGGUACAAAUAACACAUUCACAAGUACUUAAACAGCAUCAAGAAGGCCUCCUCCCCCUUCUUCUUCAAAAAAACAUUGA